CCUCGCUGUGUCUCAGGCGCCGGGGCUGAGGCCGCAGCUCGGCUCUGGGAGCUUACGGCGCGUUCGGAGAGCCGGGUGCCGGCCUCCGGGCCUCAGUUUCCCUUUUGUUCAGUGGGAGGAGGAGCCGUUCAUCUCUCUCGCGGGCACAGGGACGGUGAUUGCCGCCGGUACGUGAACAACCAGCACCGGACCCGCCGAUCGUCUCCCGGCGCUGAGUGGCACAUGAGAUGAAUUUAGCAGCUGCAUUUGCGCGGCUGUUUGCUCUUGACAAGGGCCCGUUUGGGCCGAUAAAGCACCCAAGCGCUCAGUUUGACAGAGCAGCGGUGGCCGCAGCGCGUCCUCGGGCCGGAGCAGAAGAUGCAGGACUCCGCGUAGCAGGUUUCUGAGCAGCCGCUGGAUCCGGCCGCACAGGAGGAGACCAUGAACUGAGCAAGGAGCGACGCCGAACUCAUUUUUAUUUUUCAUUUUGAUUUUUUUGUUGGGUUCUUUUCUCAUCCACCAAAAUCAAGCCCCCCACGCCCUUUCAUGAAAGCCUUUUAAAACGGGGGCUCCUUUUCCCCUGCCCUGAAGCCAAGUCGUCCCGGCCGCCGCGCCGAUUUCCCGCCAAGAUGGGGAGAAAAAAGAUCCAGAUCCAGCGGAUCACGGACGAGCGCAACCGGCAGGUCACCUUCACUAAGCGCAAAUUCGGCUUGAUGAAGAAAGCGUAUGAGCUGAGCGUCCUGUGCGACUGCGAGAUCGCCCUCAUCAUCUUCAACCACUCCAACAAGCUGUUCCAGUACGCCAGCACCGACAUGGACAAGGUGCUGCUCAAGUACACCGAGUACAACGAGCCCCACGAGAGCCGGACCAACGCGGACAUCAUCGAGACGUUAAGAAAGAAAGGGUUUAAUGGCUGUGACAGCCCGGAGCCCGACGGCGAUGACUCCAUAGACCAGAGCCCCUUGAUGGAGGAUAAAUACCGUAAAGGCAGCGAGGAUCUGGAUAUCCUGUUCAAGCGAUACGGUUCCGCAGUGCCCGCGCCCAACUUCGCCAUGCCGGUGACGGUGCCGGUGACCAACCAAAACACGCUGCAGUUCAGCAACCCUGGCAGCUCGCUGGUGACCCAGUCCCUGGUGACAUCCUCGCUGACGGACCCGCGGCUCCUGUCACCGCAGCAGCCGGCGCUGCAGAGGAACACGGUGUCCCCGGGGCUGCCGCAGAGGCCGGCCAGCGCAGGGGCGAUGCUUGGGGGAGACCUGAACAACACGAAUGGCGCCUGCCCCAGCCCCGUGGGUAACGGCUACGUGAGCGCCAGAGCCUCCCCGGGGCUCCUUCCCGUGUCCAACGGCAGCAGCUUGGGCAAGAUCAUCCCGGCCAAGUCGCCGCCGCCGCCCUCGCACAGCACGCAGCUCGCCACCAACAGCCGCAAGCCCGAUUUACGUGUGAUCACCUCGCAGAGCGGGAAGGGGUUAAUGCACCAUUUGACGGAGGAUCACCUGGCUCUGCAGAACACGCAGCGGUUAGGAGUCUCGCAAGCAACUCACUCUUUAACCACGCCGGUUGUGUCCGUGGCUACUCCGAGCCUGCUGACGCAGGGGCUGCCGUUCUCUGCCAUGCCCACAGCCUACAACACAGAUUAUCAGCUGACGAGCGCUGAGUUGUCCUCGCUGCCAGCGUUCAGCUCGCCGGGGGGGCUGUCCCUUGGCAACAUCUCUGCCUGGCAGCAGCAGCAGCAGCAACAGCAGCAGCAGCAACAGCAGCAACAACAACAACAGCAACAGCAGCAGCCACAGCAGCAGCAACAACCGCAGCAGCCGCAGCAGCAACAGCAGCCGCAGCAGCAGCACCUGGUUCCUGUAUCACUAGGAAAUCUAAUACAAGGGAGUCACUUGUCCCACACCACCACUUUGACUGUCAACACCAACCCCAACAUCAGCAUCAAGUCAGAGCCCGUCUCGCCCAACCGGGAACGAAACACUGCCACCCCGCUCAGCACCUUCCCCCACCAGCCCCGGCACGAGCCCACCGGCCGCUCACCCGUCGACAGCCUCAGCAGCAACACCAGCUCCUACGAAGGCAGCAGCGAGCGGGACGAUCCCACCCGCCCCGAUUUCGGCUCAUCCCUGGGCCUCCUGCGACCCACCAGCGAGCCCGAGGGGGAGAGCCCCUCCGUAAAGCGCAUGCGGUUGGAUACCUGGGUCACAUAACGGGUCCCCACCGUCCCUGGGAGCGUCGCCGGCUCGCAGCGCGGCCACGGGGUGGGUGGGAAGGGUGGGAGGGGGGGGCACGGGGGCAAAACGGGUUACGGGGAUGGGAUGGGGUGGGGGGGAAAGUAUCAUAAACUGCCUGAGAAAUAGCUUUAGGAUUACGUAGGCAUUCAUUCUAGCGCAGCAGGUGCCGCACGCAGUACGUCCGGCGCUCCUCGGCCGGCGGCCGCGGGCUCGGGAACGGCCGGGGGUGCGGCAAACGGGGGACAGGAAUCAAAUAGCCGCUCCUCGCCGCAAAAAGCAGAGCCUGGUGAGAUCCCCGUGAGCCGGAGCAGGUGGGGACAUCGGGGUGUCCCCGGGGAGGUCACGAUGCGCUCCGAGGGGCCACGCAUGGAGCGUCCCCAAAACGCAGCCCCCGGGCUGUCGCAGGGAGAGGCGGUUCGACCGCGAUCCAGCUCUCAGGAAGGGCGAAGGGCUUUGGCAGGUGCCAGUUUUCCAUAAAGACAGUUUUCCUCACCCGUUUUUCCUCACCCAGCUCGGGCAGGCAGGUUGGCAUUGGCGAGCCUGGCUUCAAAAUGAAACACGACGCGUAAAAGCGUGUCGGGGGAACUCGAAGCAGAUUUUUAAGGCUUAAUCCUGUUUGCAUCCUUUCUGGCAAAUAAGGGAGCUCCGCUAUUCCUGGCCAUAGUCAUUUUAAAACCUUUCCCACCUUGACCCCAAAAUGCAGCGGCUGCAGGUUGGAGGGUUUGGAGGAGCCGAGCCCGUUCCUGCUGGUAGAUGCUUUAGGGAUGGGUUUUGGCCCUGCAAACGCUCUUCUCCGCUGCCAAAUGGCUCUUUUGGUGACCGGAGCCUCUCCGGGAGCUGCUUUGUGGCCAAUGUCCCCCCAAACCAGCCCAAAAAGAGGGGAGCAAAAAAAUCACGCUAGGAUUUCGACCUAACGAUACCAAAAAAAGUUGAUGGCUAUGAUGAAAUGAAUGGGGGCGACUUGCGAGCGGUUGGAGGACGAGAGGAGAACGGGAAGCCCUUCAAAAAUGGGAUGAAAACAUGAAAAACAAUGGCCAAAGAGGGAAAACGUGGCCGUAUCCUGCCCGGUUGGGCACAGCGGUGCACGAGCUAAAGAGAUGAUUGCAAUGAAUCUGGCACAUCCCUUCUGAGCUGGCGUCUCCCUCACCUCUGUCCGGCGGUGAAAUCGGUUUCGGAUGCAGGGACUGGGCAGAGUGAUGGAGGCGGCCGGUGCAUCUCGCCGGCAUCUCACUGCAUCUCCCCCCAAAAUCCCCGCCUUGGGGAUCGAGGCAUGGAGAGAUAGACCAGCUAAGAUUCCUCGCUAAAAUCUUGGAGGUAUCCAAUCGCUGCCACAAAGUUGUUCCAAAUGAUGAUUUAUGGGUGUUUUUUAAUGCUAAAUUUUGAAUCCCCUCUCCUGCUCCAAUGCUCCGGAGGGCCCUGGGUGGGCAACGGGACCCCCGCGCCGCCAGGGCGGGCUCCCGGCUGGUUUUGUGCCGGUUAAACCUUCCACCCCCGGCUCUCCUCCCCGAGCCGCACCCGGCGGGUCCCGCGCUGCGCCGGGAUCUCGCCCCGAAGCGCCGGCGCACACCGGCGGCGGACACCGAUCUCCCUCUGUCUGGCUCCCCGCGGGAUGCGGGAGAGCAUCACGCCCGCGCCGACCCCACGACGUACCGGACACGCACCUGAGCUCUUUGCACGGCCUUGCUUUGGAAAUUAGGCGGGAUUAACGACAUCUCAUCAGUCUCAUUGGUUUGUUUCCCUUCUUCGCCGUCCUGCAAACCAACCAAACGUUUGGUGAGCGGCGUGGCAGGAGGUGAAGACCCCCCGGAGCCGGCGCCGCUGGAGCUGGCGCAGAGCGACCCCGCGGGGGCCAAAACACCCCAACCCCAUUUAUGCUCAUUAACCUCACGCCACGUUCCCCCUUCUGCCUUGAAGCUGAGAGCCUGGAAAUAAAGGAGACCCAACCAAGACGCAACCCGGCGCCGGGUUAUGGAGAGAUGCAGCUUGCCGGCGGGGAAAGCGCCGGCGCGGUUCGGCACAGCGCCAAACCAAACCGUGCCGGAGCGGAGCCGCAGCAGCGCGGCCGCGGGACUCAUUGAUCCCCAGGGCCGGCGCCACGGGCGAAUCCGGCUCAUGGGAGCCACCGCGGCAUCAGCUUCACCACAAAGCGCUUUUGGGGGUUGGUUUGGUGGGCGUCUUUAUUUGGUUGGGCGCUCGGGGUUAUUUUCUUACCCUAUUUCUUUCAUCCAGGUCAUUACUCUUUAUUUCUCCCCAGACUGUAGCAUCCAGUCAACUCCUCCUAAUUUUCAAAAGACAACGAGAAGAACGACAAUCUAAGAAACCAACACCCUCCUUUGUGCUUCGAUAAAUGCGUUUCUGAUCUAAUUUGAUUUCUCGUGCUCAUCUGUACUGUUGACAGUUCCAAUUGUGUAUAAUUUUCCUUUUUUAAUUUGGAAUUUUUCGCGUUGUAUAGGGUUUAGUUUUAAAAUAUAUAUAUAUAUAUAUAUUUUCCAUUUUUUAAAAAGGGGUGUUGCAAACAAAAAAAAACCCGAUUGCACGAUUUAAAUGACAAUAGUUAAAAUGCUGCAGUUUUUAGAGAUGUGGAAGCAAAAUGGAGCUUAUUUAUUCUCAAAGGCUAUAAAGGUGUAAAAUGCAUGAAGAAAAACAAACAAAAAAAAACAUUUACAAAAAAGGAAAAAAAAGACAAAAAAGUGUAACCUGAACAAAGUGUAGCGUUAAAAUUAAUUUUAAACGAUGACAACAAGAAGAAAAAAAAGACAAAAAACAGCUAAUAUAUUGUGUUUGGGCUAGUUUGCUUUUGUUUUUAAUUGUUCCUUUUUUGGAGAAUGAAAUACAAUUGUGUAUAUUUUCAUAUAAGAAGUAUGCACUGAUAUGUUUCGAAAAUGAUAUAUUACUUUCUAAAAGUGUGGUUACUUACCAAA